UUUGUUGCCGGAAGCUUCCGGGACACUCAAGAAGCGGAAAGAAUCUGAGCAUGCUCGAAUCGUAGAUAAGUAUCAUUAGAUAUCGGAUUGACAAAGCCAAAUGAACGCGCGGUUUCUGUCAUGAUGCUGGAAAAGAGCACUGUUAAGGUUGUGGCUGAUAUUUUCAUCAGCAGAAGGCAUACAUCCGAAGAAAUCAUCCACUGUUGCUGCUCCAGAGCGUUUGUGCAUGAUCGAGAGCUGUAUCGGUCAGAUAAUCGACUUCUCUCACCUGACCAGGCAGAUGCUGCAAUCCAAGAAGCGGAAAAUGAAGAGGAGAGUGAUGAGGAAGUUGCGUUUUUGGAUGAAGAGGCUCAGCUAAUGUCUAGCAUGGGCCUGCCUCUAGCUUUUGCCAGCUCUUCCAGCCAGCGUAAACAGGGGAAGAGCGCUACCAAGCAACCAGUUACUUAUCAGACAGAAUUUCCUGAGGAGGACCAGGAGGAUUCACAAUGUACUGACAAAGUUUAUGUUUACCCGGAAGAAGAACUGAAGACAAAGACCCUGGGUGAAGCAGUUGAAACUCCAUCUGCCAAUGAUGCCGGCUGGGAGACGUACUGGGCUCAACAAGGUGAAGCGCUUCUGUGGAACAGCUGGGUGGAGAAACAUGGCGAUGAGUUGCCGUCUUCAGAGGAUUCCCCAAGUGUGACAGCCCCGUGGGACGACCCCAACAAAAUGGCCGCCUGGGAUCGACACGCCGCAGACACGUAUUAUCACUAUUGGGAGCAAUACUCGUACUGGGCAGCGCAGGGCUGGACCGUUGACUUAUCUCAUGAGGGGGACGCCACCUUGGAAGAAACUGCGGACGAGGGGACGAAUGGAGGCAAAGGGAAGCGCUCAGGGGAACGACUAGAUCAAAACAGUGCUGACGUUGAGGUUUUAAAUGAUCUCAUUGAAAAGAACUGCACUUUGGAGGCAAGCGGGAACAUCACUGACGACUCUGGAACAACCAGACGGCGUUCCGAUACGGACUGUCUUUCCGAGCCCUCCGAUGGGGGAAACCGCGGCAAGAAAGCAAACGUCUCCUCACAGCAGGAUGGAACGCAACACGCAGAUUCCCCGCAGGCUGCUGGCAGCAUCAAUAUGCAUGUGGCUUCUACAAAUCACGUAUCAAAUGGGGAAGAUGAUGACGGUGACGGUGAAAAGCCCUUCUUGAGUGGAGGACCGAGUAAAGUCAAACGCAGUCAUGAAUUAGAUGUGGAGGAGAACCCAAAUCUCACAUGUGAUGAAGCCUGGAGCAGACUUGGACUCAAACACAACCCGGAAUCAAUGUUCGAUAGCGUCUUUAACUUUAAAGAAAGAUCGGGUGAGAAGCGUCCGAGGCGUUGGUGCCCCAAGAGAAGCGGCGGCAGCGUAAACAAACACAUCAGAUUCACCGAGACGGACGAAGAUGGAGCAGAGCCGCAGUGCAGCACCGCCCUCCAAAAGGUUCAAAACUUUCUCGAGAACAUUCAGAGUGAGGCACAUCAGACUCUAAGCGAGCAAGAAGGGCUUGAACAAAGCGGCGCGCUCUCUGAGGAAAUUCCAGCUUCAACGCAGACAAAUGAUGGCAGGAGCAGUCGAUGGAUGGAAGAGGAGAGUCCUGCUUCGCCGGACCCCGAGGAUGACAUCGCUCGGGGCUGUCGGAGGGAAGAGCCCAAAAGGCAGCUGGAAUGCUUGGAAGUCCCUGACUUUCUUUUGCCCGACAGACCUGCGGACAACGGCGACUCCAAAAAGCCAAAGAAGAAGAGUAAGCGAAGGAGGAAGCAGCAGAUCCCGGCAGACAUGGCGGCAGAACCGGACCUGGCCAAAUACUGGGCUCAGCGCUACAGACUCUUCUCUCGCUUUGACGAAGGAAUCAAACUGGACAGAGAGGGCUGGUUCUCUGUGACGCCGGAGAAGAUUGCUGAGCACAUCGCCCUCAGAGUGGAGGCGGGCUUUUCGAACACUCAGCUGAUCAUUGACGCCUUCUGCGGAGUCGGAGGAAACGCCAUCCAAUUUGCACUCACUGGGAAAAGAGUCAUCGCCGUUGACAUCGACCCGAUACGUCUGGACCUGGCGCGCCACAACGCUACCGUUUAUGGCGUCGCCAAUCAAAUCGAGUUCCUGCAAGGGGACUUCCUUCAGCUGGCGCCUCGUCUCUGCGGCGACGUUGUCUUCUUGUCGCCCCCCUGGGGAGGACCAGAUUACCUAACUGCUGAGGUCUUUGACAUCAAGACCAUGAUGGACCCAGAUGGGUUUCAGAUUUUCCAUCUGGCCAAACAAAUCUCCGACAACAUCGUGUACUUCUUACCUCGCAACGCAGACAUGAAUCAGAUCGCCUCUCUGGCUGGUCCAGGAGGAAAGGUGGAGGUAGAGCAGAAUUUCCUCAACAACAAGCUGAAGACCAUAACCGCGUAUUUUGGCAGUUUGAUCAAGUCUGACACCUAAAUGCUUCUUAUUUCUGUUGGAGUUGGAGAUUGGGUCUCAAUCCAUCGAGUACGGACAGAAAAAGUAUGGUCGUCACUUUGAUUUUUGGGGUACUUUUUAAUCAGGAAGUCUGUCCUGUGCUACUAAACAGAGCACACCGUAUUGAAAUGUUUGUUUUAUAAAAGCCUCCAUUUUGCAAUGCAUUCUUUUAAUUAUUUUUCUACUUUGUAUUAUGAGACAAUAAACAUCUUUUAAAAAAAAGCCAAAUAAUGCACCACUUCUCCCAGGAAAUUGUCGCAAAGAACAAUGCUUUGAUAUUCCCUUUCUAUUUCCUAUUGUUUGAAACGGAACGGCAUAAAAAGCCACAUCUAAUGAUUCCACUCAGAACUCCCCAAAACGACUGGACAAAAUUAUUCUCACCCCCAACUUAACAUUUGGGAGCACGGCUUUUGAAAAAAACAACAAUAAAUAAAUCAAUUGCACGAUAGACAAAGUCAAUGUCACGAUGGACAAUGUGGGGAAACACGUUUAUUUCUGGCACAGUUGUCGUAUUUUCUCUGCCAGUUCUAAGGAGUGGAGGAUCCUCCUUUUCUCUUUGUGGAGAUCUUCUGAGCUCAUUUGGCCCAUUAGCUUGGAGGAGAAUUUGAUCAGGUCUUGCAUGAAAAGGCCCACUGCCCCUCCGGGCGAGGGAGGAAUUUCAGUUAGCGGCGGCCCGGACUCAAAUUGAAAGUUGACGCUCUUGCUUCUUGGGAAUCCUGGUCCUCGCUCCUCAAUCCAAGUCAAAGGUCUAAAAAGGCAAAGGUGAAUUCAAAGUUCACAUUUUCUUCCCUUCUGUUUCUCCUUAUGCAUCUCCUCAUGCAGCUCGCCAAACUUUUUCGUUGGAGGGCCGCCGACAGAAAAAUGGAAUAUAUAAACAAAUGUAUUUGUACUAAUACUACCCUCCCUUCUCACUCUGUGUACCUUAAUCAUUUUUCAACUAACCUUGUGGCCCAUGUCAAUUUUUUUUUCCUAAUUGGUCGCUGAAGACUGGCUGGCGGGCCGUAACUGGCCCCAAGGCGGCAGUUUGGACACCCUUGUACUAAUGUAUUCUUUGUGCUAUUUAUAUUGAAACACUGUUGGCCCCGAUAGUAUCUCAUCAGUGUGGUGAGAUACUAUAACUUUCCAUGGAAACCGAUUCCCAUCACCAUUCUCAAUUUUACAGGGUCAACGUUCUUCUGGAAGAAUAAGAUCUCUCUCACUUUUUGUCAGCAGUUUGCAUUUUUGCAGUCAUCUUGCUGUAGUUGUUGCCCACGUCUUGUUCCACGGUUGCUGCGAUCACGGAGAGCUCACCAAACAACUCAACCAACCAGGUGAGACGGGCGAUGCCACAAAAUGCAAGAAACCCAAAUCCUGGCUUCAGAACUCCACCUAGAAAAAAAGA